AAAGUCGCACCUAACCGCUUCACUCUCGCUCUAGGCCCUCCGCAGGGACCCUGCUUCCACCUGCGAGCUUUUUCUGCAGACUGCGGGAAGCCGCCGCCGCCAUGGAGGAGGGGGCGGAGGCAGAGGCGGAGGCGGCACCCAGGGGCCGGGGCAGGGGAGGCCGGGACCAUCGCAGUGACAAUUUCUUUUCCUGCAGCGGCGGCAGCAGGGACGGCUGCUGUAGGCUCGGGGUCGGUCGGCCUGCGCGUGGGUUUGCGAGGACGCUGUUCGUCCCCUGCGCUGGGGUGUCCGACAGCGAGGAGGAGGAGGACAGCGACGCACGGAGCCCCCGCGAGUGGAACCCGCAAAGCUCCACCGGUCGGCAGAGGAGAAGGGGGAGGAGGCACGGCCGAGGCCAGCGAGCGGGCGCCUCCUCGCCGGGUGCCGGUAUCACCCCGCUGCAGCGCCUUCCAGCAAACGCCACCGCGGCCCGAGUUGCAGCGGCCAGACGGAUGCCAAGGCCACACGGCAGGCGCGGGGGCCGCAGUCGCCGUCCCACGCGGGCCGCGGACAACGAGGGUUGCUGAUGAAGUGAUUGAGAAGAAACAGUGAACAUUCUCCUUUUACAGAUAAGACAACAUGGAUCAGCCUUUUACUGUGAAUUCUCUGAGAAAGUUAGCUGCUAUGCCUGACCAUACGGAUGUUUCCCUGAGCCCAGAAGAGCGAGUCCGUGCCCUAAGCAAGCUUGGUUGUAAUAUCACCAUCAGUGAAGACAUCACUCCACGACGCUACUUUAGGUCUGGAGUAGAGAUGGAGAGAAUGGCGUCUGUGUAUUUGGAAGAAGGAAAUUUGGAAAAUGCCUUUGUUCUUUAUAAUAAAUUUAUAACCUUGUUUGUGGAAAAGCUUCCUAACCAUCGAGAUUACCAGCAAUGUGCAGUACCUGAAAAGCAGGAUAUUAUGAAGAACAAAUAUAAAGCUGAAAUUCUGAAAAAACUGGAGCAUCAGAGAUUGAUAGAGGCAGAAAGGAAGCGGAUUGCUCAGAUGCGCCAGCAGCAGCUAGAAUCUGAGCAGUUUCUGUUUUUCGAAGAUCAACUCAAGAAGCAAGAAUUAGCCCGAGGUCAGAUGCGAAGUCAGGAAACCUCGAGGCUGUCGGAGCAGAUUGAUGGGAGUGCUUUGUCCUGCUUUUCCACACACCAGAACAAUUCCUUGCUGAAUGUAUUUGCAGAUCAAGAUCAACCUAAUAAAAGUGAUGCAACCAAUUACGCUAGCCACUCUCCUCCUAUAAACAGGGCCUUAACGCCAGCUGCUACUCUAAGUGCUGUUCAGAAUUUAGUGGUUGAAGGACUGCGAUGUGUAGUUUUGCCGAAAGAUCUUUGCCACAAAUUUCUGCAGCUGGCAGAAUCUAAUACAGUGAGAGGAAUAGAAACCUGUGGAAUACUCUGUGGAAAACUGACACAUAAUGAAUUUACUAUUACCCACGUAAUUGUGCCAAAGCAGUCUGCGGGACCAGACUAUUGUGACGUGGAGAAUGUGGAGGAAUUAUUCAAUGUUCAGGAUCAGCAUGAUCUCCUCACUCUAGGAUGGAUCCAUACACAUCCCACCCAAACUGCAUUCUUAUCCAGCGUUGAUCUUCACACUCACUGUUCCUAUCAACUCAUGUUGCCAGAGGCCAUUGCCAUUGUUUGCUCCCCAAAGCAUAAAGACACUGGCAUCUUCAGGCUCACCAAUGCUGGCAUGCUUGAGGUUUCUGCUUGUAAAAAAAAGGGCUUUCAUCCACACACCAAGGAGCCCCGGCUGUUCAGUAUAUGCAAACAUGUGUUGGUAAAAGACAUAAAAAUAACUGUGUUGGAUCUGAGGUGAUAUGUUCUGAAUAUAAGCACCAUCAACAUCAGAUACCUACCCAUGGACAAGUGGUUGCCGGAUUUUCUUAAGAUGUUUCCAGAAAAGACUCAUAUUUUAUAUUUAUAUAUUUUAGAUUAGAAAGCUUGAUAUUUAUUAUUGUUGCACAUUUUGAAGUUUUUUUUUUUUUGGUUGCUCCGUGUCAAGAGAGGUUAAAUGGUGUUAAAUCAUUAAUGUACCCAAAUACCAUGACCAGGUAAUAAAUUGUGCUGCGAACAA